UUGGGUUGGGCAUAAGCUUUUGGCGUUGGUCUUUAAAAAAUGAGGUGAUGAAAUAUCAGAAGUGGGAAUCUAAGGAGCCGAACAUGGACAGGGGGCAAGAGGCCUGUGCAUUUUUAAAAAGCAGUGGACUAUGGGGUGAUGCAGACUGUCAAGAUGUUAAAUAUUUUCUAUGCUAUAAUGAAAAUGAUAUGUGGCAAUGGAAGUACAUUAGAACUGGAAUGACCUGGCGUGAUGCUCAACAGUACUGCAGAACACACUACACAGACCUGGUGACGAUUGCAGAUGAUAAUGUGAACAUAAUACUUGUCCUUAAAAUAAUUUGGGAUGGGGAGGCCUGGAUCGGUUUGUCCAGAAGCUUUUGGCAGUGGUCAGAUCAGACUCAAGUGUCAUGGCCCUCUAUGAAAUGGAUUGCAGGACAGCCUGAUAAUGACAAUGGCAAUGAGGAGUGUGCAUAUGUCCAUUAUGACGGGUUGAUCGCUGACGACUCAUGCUCAGUUCAACAUCCUUUCUUCUGCACUCAAAUUAGGAAAAAGCAGUUUGUGAGAGUGGCCAUGAAAUCAGGUGGACACUGGAAUGAAUCUGCAGUGAUGGAAGCCAUAGAGAAGAAGAUAAAUCAGACACUAGUGGACUCUGGAUCCAGUGUAACAUGGAGAGUGCAAUCUGAUGAAAAGAUCUUCCAUGAGAAGGAAAAUAUCGAACGAGAGAUGACAACAACAAACCAAAUAUGUGAAAAAUAACUCUCCACUAUAUUUUUG